GCUCGGCUCCCGUGCAGCCUGCGGACGCGGGGCCAUGAGCGACUCCGCGGGAGCGCUCUCCCGCCUGCGGAGUUACUCCGAGCUCCCGGUCUGGGUGGUGGAGGACCACCAGGAGGUUCUUCCUUUUAUAUACCGAGCCAUUGGCUCAAAGCAUCUUCCUGCCUGUAACAUACAGUUGGUGCAUUUUGAUUCACAUCCGGACCUCCUGAUCCCUGUGAACAUGCCAGCCGACACUGUGUUUGACAAGGAAACGCUCUUCGGGUACUCUGACAUGUUUCUUAAUGGCCUUCUGUGCAUUGGAAAGACAAUUGACCUGAUAAGUGGUAUGCUUAGCUGUCUUGGAGACGGCUCUCCAGCGGGGCGCGUCCAGAGGAGAGGCAAGCUGAGCGUGCACACUGAGGCAGCUCUCCGGGUUUGCCAGAUGUGUCCGGUCACCAGCACUGACCACUACUUCCUCAGCGAUGGCCUUUAUGUCCCAGAAGGCCAGCUGGAGAACCAGAAGCCUUUGCGUCUGGAUGUGAUGACGGUGCAGCCACCCCCGAUCAGCAGCAGUCCAGAAGGAAGGGAUGGGCUGGCUUCUGCUAAGAGGCCAAAGCUGGCGCCAGACGAUGUGGACCAGGCUGCCUCCCCUAAUUGCAACCCGUCUUCAGGAGGACAGACAGCUGACACAGUGACACCGGACAGUGGCCAAACCUACGUGGCGUCCUCGUGCUCCUGUCACCCCGAGCACCCGCAGUGCCAGGCCAAAGUGCACCCAGGAGAGGGCCUGUACCGUGUGAAGACGGGGGACGCGUUUGUUUUAGACAUUGACCUGGACUUCUUUUCAGUCAAGAAUCCUUUCAAAGAAAUGUUCACUCCGGACGAGUACAAAAUCUUACAAGAGCUGUAUCAAUUUAAACGGCCCGCCGCCGACCUAACCGAGGAAGAGUUGGCCAACUGUGUGGAUGCUCGAAUCCAUCAGCUGGAAGACCUGGAAGCUACCUUUGCUGAUUUGUGUGAUGGCGACGAUGAGGACACUGUCCGGAGGUGGGCUGCAAACCCUGGAAUGGAGUCACUCGCUCCUCUUGUACAGAGUUUGAAAAGGCGGAUGGAGGUGCCCGACUACGAAAUGGUCCACCAGGCGGGCCUUACCUGUGACUUCUCAGAACUCCCCCACCACGUCAGCACAAAACAAGAAGUUGAGUCUCUGGUGCAGUCUGUAUACUGUUUACUGAAAAGCUUACCCAAGCCCACACUUGUGACAAUUGCAAGGUCAAGUCUCGAUGACUACUGUCCUUGUGAGCAAGUGGACGCCAUUCAAGAGAAGGUUCUCCAGAUGCUCCGCUCCCUCUACGGGAUGCUGGACGUUCACCUGACCUACUUAGAAGAUUCUCCGCCAUCUGAAAACAAAACAGAGCACUGAGCCCCUCGCUACACAGUCGGCGGAUAGCCACCAGCUGUGAGCCCUGCCUUUGGCCCGCCUCCACCUGACUGCGGAUUGGGAAUUGUACAGCACCCACACCAUGGGAGGCAUCUCCUUAAGGGUUUUAUGAGUUUCUGCAAGAUGCGGCAGUGAAGUUUAGAGCUAAGGGAUAUAAGAGAAUAGCUUCAAUGGAGGAGUAGGGGGUGGUGGAAUGGUGUAACAUCUUGGAAAUGUUGAGCAUUUGAGACAUCUUGAAUCUCUAACUCCUUGGGCUAGUCCGAUACUGAUGCUUCUCAAAGAAAGGCUUCCCGCAGCUGGUGACACGAACGCGUGUGAGGAGCAAAGCUAACGGAGUGGCUCUCCACGUUGACAGAACAUGGUGUGCCAAGCAGGCGUACUUUCUGCGGAACAGCCAGCCCUGCAAAGUGAGUGAUAUCUGUUUUUAAGUGUUGACUAUAUUGUUAAGAGAGCUGUAAAUCAAAGUCACUUGUAUGGGUAAAUUAUUUUGUGUGCUGAAAGAAAUAAAAGGCUAUGUUUUAAAGACA